GCAGACAGUCCCGGGGGCACAGCCGAAAGAGGAGUUCAGCGUGAGCGGAACAGAGUCAUUCUUUUCUUCUGAGUCUUGGCAGAGAAGAAUCAAGAGGCUGUGACAAUCCGGCUGGGUCGCGGCCAUGCAGCACCCUAAUUUCGAGACCCGCCACCCGCUCCAGACAGAUGAGCAGCAGGAGACCGGCUUUGACCCGCUCAAUAAUUUCAACAAGAACCGCAGCAGAGGCUCUCUUGACAGCAGCACUUACUCACAGUCUCAGUCAACCUUCCUCUCGUACAGGAAAGAGUGGGACGACUUGUUCCUCAACAGUAAUUACCUGGCCAGGAUUAGGCAGGCGGGCGUCAAUGGUCGACUGAGGAGCAGCCGCUUCCGGAGCGUCUGCUGGAAGUUGUAUCUCGAGGCUCUUCCAGAAGACAAGGCUCAGUGGAUCAACAAGACCAAGGAGCACCGGGCCCACUAUGAGAAGAUCAAAGAGACGCACAUCACUAACCCUCGCAAAGCUGCAAGCCAGCAGGAUCUGGUUGUCAACAACCCGCUGUCACAGGAUGAGGGGAGCCUGUGGAACAGGUUUUUCCAAGAUAACGAUCUGAAGGGGAUGAUCAAGCAGGACGUGUUGAGAACGUUCCCAGAGAUUCGUUACUUCCAGGACGACGACGUGAGGACCAAGCUGACUGACAUUCUCUUCUGCUUUGCCAGAGAAAAUGAGCAGUUGCUGUAUAAACAGGGGAUGCACGAGCUGCUCGCUCCCAUCGUGUUUGUGCUGCACUGUGACAAUCAAGCCUUCCAGCAUGCCAGCGAGACCGCCAGCCCCAGUGAGGAGAUGAAGUGUCUGUUAAACCCAGAGUUUCUUGAGCAUGAUGCCUAUGCCUUGUUCUCUCAGCUGAUGGCGACAGCAGAGCCGUGGUUCUCCAGCUAUGAGAGGGAAGUGAGAAAGGGUAAGGAGGAGAUGCUGACCAGCAUCCCGUUCGCUCGGCCCCAGGACUCGGGGCCGUCUGUUGCCAUAGUGACCAAAGUCAACCGCAUCCAGGACCUGCUGGUGAAGAAGAACGACAUUGAACUGCACAUGCACCUCAACCGGCUGGAGAUUGCCCCGCAAAUUUAUGGCAUCCGGUGGGUACGUCUGUUAUUCGGCCGCGAGUUCCCGCUCCAGGACCUGCUGGUGAUGUGGGACGCCCUCUUUGCUGACAGCGUCACUCUGGACCUGGUCGACUACAUCUUUGUGGCUAUGCUGCUCUACAUCCGGGACGCUCUCAUUGCUAGUAACUUCCAGACCUGCCUUGGCCUGCUCAUGCACUACCCUCCGCUAGGAGACAUCAACUCCCUGCUACAAAAGGCUCUAUUCCUCCGAGAUCCCAAAAACUAUCCGAGACCGGUCAACUACCAGUUCCAGCAGAACCUGGAUUACUACAAAACAAGGGGAGCUGACCUUAUGAACAAGACACGCUCUGGUCCCAGUCCCAAAACGGCCCCGCUCAACAUCAACAAGGUCUCCAGCAGCCUGCUGAGCUUCGGCAGGAAGCUCAUCUCGCCGGCGAUAUCGGGCGGGUCAGGCGGCAUCUCGCCAAUCAACAGCGAGGUACAUUCCUCCUCGUCCUCCGCCUCAACUUCCCCCGCAACAGCACCAGCGCCCGCCCCGUCUCACCCGCUGGCCGGGCCCCCGCCAGGCCAGGCCCCACUGCAGCCCCAGAGCCACGCCCAGACUCAGCACUACCGCCUGCUCAAGUCCGAGAGCAUGCCCGUACACCUCAGCAAAGAUGUAGUUUCAGGUGGAGUCUCUCAGGACUCUCUCCCAUCCCAGACUCACACUGACACACAAGGCCAAAGCUCCAGGGCAGUUAGCUCCUCCCCCAGCAUAGAAAGCCUCUCUGGUGGGCGGCCUCAGUCCACCGCCUCCCCGCCUCUUCCCCCCUCCAGAGGGAGUGAUGUCGGCACUUCAUCGCCGCCCCUUUCCGCCACCAAGAAGGAGUCGUUCUUCAACAUCUCUCGCUCCAACAGCAAGACCAUGGGCAAGAAGGAGUCGGAGGAGGACCUGGAAGCUCAGGUAUCAUUCCUGCAGGGCCAGAUCAACGAUUUAGAGGCCAUGAGCAAAUACUGUGCCAAGAUGAUGAACACUCACAUCUGUAAUAUCCAAGAAGUGAUUCUCCAAGAACACCUGGAGAAAGAGGAUGAGGUCCUGGUGUCACUGGCUGGACUGAAGCAGGUCAAGGACAUCCUUCAGGGAGCGCUGCGCUUCAACCAAAGCCAGCUGGAGGCCGAGGAGAACGAGGUGAUCUCCAUCGCUGACGAUCACUACACCACCAUGGCCGCCGCUGAGACUGCUCUGAGGGCCAACAAACCCGGCGUUGACCACCAACAACAAGGAAACGACAGACAGAGCCGGGACUCUGAUCUGGACGGGAGGAUAGUGAGCACAGAUGAGAAGGAAGAGGAAGAGGAGGAGCAGGUGUCGGCCCCACCCGAGCAACUGGUGGCGUCCUGCCUCGGCUCCGAGGGUAAGAACUGGGACGACUACAUCCUCGUGUGCCAGGACGGAGACCUGGCUGCUGCCGGUGGGGGAGGAAAGGCUGCAGCCGAGCGCACCCCUCCCCUCAGGCGACUGGAGCCCGAGGGUGCGGCCGAGACCUUCCAUGACCCCCUGAUGGCCGGCACCGCCUCGGGCUCUUCCAGCCCAGACGAGGGCUCCACCCACAGCAAGGACUCUGACUUCACCAUUGUUAACCCAGGCGACCUGUGAAUGAGCCAAGUCAGCCAACCACUCCUCCCGCUGCUCCUCUUUAAACCUGUGUCGUAUCCCAUUCAUAGGAUGGGAUUUAAAAAAAGAAAAAACUGACAUGGGAUUAGAGGCUGGAAUCUGCAGCUUUUGACGGAGCUCUGCCGGGAGCUGCCGUCAGAAAAGAAAUUGCACAUUUGAACGGUGACACUUCCAGUCGUGAAUCCCUUCUACUCUGUCUCUUUACCUGUCAUCUGUGCCACUUCAGCCUUGUCUAAGCUGAUGCUGUAUGUUAUGUCAUUUACCUAACGCCCGUCUCCUCGAUGUGUUGGGUCCUGUCACACGUGAUAUUUAAUGUAGCACCCUACUCUACUAGAGAGGGUGCCAUUGCACUGCUUACCCUGUCACGACACGAUUACUCUGUUGGACCUCAAACUGCAACUUCCAUCCUGGGGAGGACUCUCUCUCCUCGCGAGAUUACUGUAACGAUCGGGAGUGUGAUACUCCGAUUCUUCUGAAUGUGAAGAUCUGGCCAUACCUCCGUCUGUAAAUGUGUAUGUCCGUACAGAGGGAGCUUUCUUCUCUGAUACUCAAAGAAAAGGAUGACGUCUCCCCCCUCCUGAACCAGUGCCUCUGACCAUUAUUUGUCUCUCAACAAAACCUUACUCUGUGAUCAUAUUCUUUUUGUUCGCUUUAUUUUUUUAUUUUUAAGAGAAUACUUUUAACACUUAGUUUAAAUUCCUCGAUGACAAUUAUUAAAUCACGGAGUAAAUCUUUUUUCCUGACUUUCCUCCUUUUUUUUUUAUUGAUUCCAAUGUGGACAUUUUUAUGUGGUAAUUGACAGUUUGCUUUUCUCACAUUAUAACUGAGAUGUUCUCGUGUCCUGUGGAAACCAUGUAAAGCAGCGCACGCAAAGAAUGUCCCAUAGCUGCCCAUUCAGCGUGAUGAACUCGAGACCAAUAAAAGUACAUCGCGCUGAC